AUGAUUUACAAAUAUUAUCCGGAGGCAAACGUAAUUAGCAAGUACGAUCCUACAAACAAUGGAUGGUGUGGGUAUAGCUGUAUUGCUAGAGCAGUUUUGGGUAUGCCGUAUUUGGUUGCUGAUACAGCUGGGUUCGCAGUUCGUUCUACCAUGCGUAACUAUAUGGUUGCGCAUAAGAGUCAAUUUGUGGAAUUUUUCGGUCUCGAACGUUAUCAGAAAAACUUGGAUAUGUUGACGGCUCCAGUCGAUGACAGCCACAAUUGGUGGUUCACUACACCAGAUGGCAUUUGGAUUGCUGUGAUCACGUUUAAAGUCCCAUUAAUAUCAAGAGAGGCCAGUCCUGAUCCUUUGAGUAGCUGGAUAGUAGAUGGAAAAAACGUGUCUGAAAUGUUUCUUCAGUAUAGACAAGGGUGUAGAAUUACUCACGAGACAGAUCCACUCAACGUUGUGAUCAAUACAAGAGAACUAUUAGCGUUGUCAAAUAUAUUAUUGCUUAAAAAAUCAUUACUUGGAGAAAAUGAAAUGAAAAAUCCAUUUGAUGUGAAAUUGAAUGACAAUAUGUACAACGGUGUCUUAACAAGGCUAUAUACAAAAGGAAAAUUUGUGAGAUGCAUUAAAGCGAAAAUGGAAAAAUUGACAAAAAAAUAUAUGUCGGAAAAGAUAGACAGGUACAGUUUUAUGUACAAAAUGUCAAAAUUAGCAAAAAAUUCGAAGGAUUCCUAUCGUGCUGUGAUAUGUGCAGUACAAGCAGCCGUGUUAGCAACACAAGCAAUAGAUAUAUUUCCUAUUUCUGAAGGACAUUUGCAAGCCUCAUAUAUACAUCCCUUGAUGAACAAUUUGUUUAGAUCAUCAAAGGAAGAAGCUAUACCACAUGUAUCCAACAAAGCAUUCAGUAUGGGGUGUAUAACGAAUGGCAGUCGACCAGAUUACAUCGUAGAAGUAUAUGACAAUGAAACUAACCGAUAUACUAAUAUUAUUGGGGAGAUAAAGACAAAAGAAACAAGGCAAAAAGGCAUCACUGUAGAUCUUUACCGUAUAGCCAUAUUCUGUAAAGAGGCUAUGGAUAAACAUAACUUAGAUACAGUAAUGGGGUUCCAGGCUGUUGGAGUUGAAAUAACGUUUUAUGCCAUGACAAUUUUUUCACCACAAGUGUAUACCUUUAUUGAACUUUGCACUAUGAGAAUGCCAAUAACAACUAAAAAUGCCAUAGAAUUUAUUGACGAAGUAGACAAAUUGUACAUGCUGUCAAUCAUUCAUCAACAAUCAUGCAAUCCUUCAAGAGAAUACACUUCUAGUUUCCGAUGCAAGACUUUAUCACUAGACUAUAUUGACAUGAAGAUACCAAAAAAAGAAUGUGAAAUCAUUUAA